UUUGUAGAAUUCCUGAAGACGGGGACAAAGCGGGCUGCCUUGCAAUGGAGGCCGGCAAGUGCACCAAGUGCGAUGGGCGUUGCGCUUGGCAGCAGCACAAGAAUGUGCAUUUUUACGUUGAGUUCGAAUAUGACCUGAAAUUGGUGGUACCUGAAGAGAUGAUCAAAUGCUGGAAUACUAACAAUAACACGCUCGAAGGCGCCCUGUUGGAUUCUAUAGCCGAUUACCUCAAGUCCCAAGAGGAGCUGCGCGAGGAUAUCCUGUACUUGGCCCAUCUUACGGAGAAGCUGAAAGAAUCAGCGCUGCUCCAUGACCCGUCUGCCAUCAUCAAAUACAUUGAAGGGCUUGUGAAAACGGCACGGCAAUAUGGCGCGAUGGCCGAACAUCUCCUGCAACUUACGACGGCACAAAACACGCUGUUACUGGUACUCAAAGUGAAGGAGAUGGGAUGCGAGGCGGUGUCAGAUUCUGAGGCCCUACUCCAGAUACUUAGGGCAGUCCGGGAGGAGAUGAGUCGACGGAUGGCGCUGGCCCCUCAAGAGCGUGCUGAAGAGGAAGAAAGGCCAUGCAGUCUAUACAACGACCUUCGCAGCAAGCUCCCGCCUAGAAUUCGGAAGAAUGUUCUUCCAAAACUUGAGUCUGGGAGUAAACUCGAACGCGUUAGGAAGCUGAAUAUGUACGCCGAAGGCGCAAGAUAUCCGCAAAAUCUGAAGGCUAUUAUCAAGCCGAUCAAGGCUGUGCUGGAAGACGGGGGUAUAGUGAGUGCCAUUGCGACAGCUCGCUCUCAUUGAUGUUGAGUUUCCAACAUUUUCCUGAUCCAUACCGGCAUAACGUGCAAACUUUGCUUCGAGGGGAUACACGGGAAGGAAGGGGAGGAAGGGGAGGGCAGGUGCGUAGGCUGAAGGGCAUGUUAAGCUUGAAUUUGAUCUGUAUCCUAGGAAGCUCCUGUUCGUAGUCAUUGUUCAAUUCUGUUUGGCGUGAUUCAGCAAAGAGAGUGUAAGUUAUGAGAUUAGCCG